GGUGCUGGGCAAUUUUGUGUCCGGUUGAACUGCUUUCAGCUCUCAAUGGUAAUUCUUCUUUGUCCAUAACUUGUGUCAUGGCCAUGGCUGCCUCGGCUGACAAUUUCUAUCAAGACUUUGACGUUACAUUUGGCAAUGGACGUGCCAAGAUACUCAACGGAGGACAGCUUCUCACACUUAACCUUGAUCAGGCUUCCGGUUCCGGUUUCAAAUCCAAGAACGAGUACUUAUUUGGAAGAAUUGAUAUGCAGAUCAAGCUUGUUGCCGGUAACUCAGCGGGAACUAUUACUGCCUACUAUGUAAGUAGUACUACUACAUACCCUCUUAGUUUGUCCACUCAUGAUGAAAUCGACUUUGAGUUUUUGGGAAACGUAUCCGGAGAUCCCUACACACUACAUACCAAUGUGUUCAGCCAAGGAAAAGGGAACAGAGAACAGCAGUUCCACCUUUGGUUUGAUCCCACAAAGGCCUUCCACACCUACUCCAUUGUUUGGAACACGCAACGCAUUAUAUUUUUGGAAGAUAACAUGCCAAUCAGAGUGUUCAACAACUUGGAAUCAGUUGGAGUCCCAUUCCCCAAAAACAAGCCCAUGCGGAUUUACUCAAGCUUGUGGAAUGCAGAUGACUGGGCAACAAGAGGUGGCCUUGUCAAGACCGAUUGGACUCAAGCUCCCUUCACUGCCUCUUACAGAAACUUCAAGGCCAAUGCUUGUACUUCUGGCUCAUCAUCCUCCUGUGCCUCCACUGCAUCUACCAAUUCAGUGGGGGACAGUGCAUGGCAGACUCAAGGGCUCGAUACAGCUGGCCGUAACCGGCUUUGAUGGGUGCAACAAAAGUUCAUGGUCUACAACUA